AUGGCCUCCAAGAUGUUCGCCUCCCGAAUGGCCUCCAUGGCUUCUUCCAACGUCGCUCGCUCGACCGUCCGCAGCCAAUUCGCUGCUGUGCCCAAGCGCACCUUCACCAACGCUGUCCGUCCUCAGCAGGCCCAGCGCUUCACUGCUCCCUCUGCUUUCCAGACCUCCAAGCGCACCAUCCCCACCAAUGUCGCUCGCCAGGCCUUCCAGGCCCAGGCCCGCCGCAACUACUCGUCUGAGAUGGCCAACGCCCUCGUUGAGGUCUCCUCCAACGUCGGUAUGGGUUCUGCUGCCAUUGGUCUCGGUGGUGCCGGUGUCGGUAUCGGUCUCGUCUUUGCUGCUCUCUUGCACUCGGUUGCCCGCAACCCUUCGCUCCGUGGCCAGCUCUUCACCUACGCCAUUCUGGGUUUCGCCUUCGUCGAGGCCAUCGGUCUGUUCGACCUGAUGAUUGCCAUGAUGUGCAAGUUCUUGUAA